UCUACACCGGCAUAUGCCUUCUUUGAUCCAGUUCCAAAGAUCAUUGAGCAGAAUGGGCAGCGUGCACAUGAAUUCAGGUGCCUGGCCAAAGGUUGCAAGACCACAGUGAAGCGUUACCUUGAUAAAGGAGAUGCUCGCUCGACAGGAAAUAUGCGCAAACAUACAUGCUUGUGUUGGGGAGAUGAUGUCCUGCAGGCUGCAGAUCAAGCAAAAGAUGCUGAUGAGGUCCAGAAAAAGAUUGUUGGCAGCGUGCUGCGAAAUGGUUCAAUCACGGCAUCAUUUGAAAGAAAGGGUAAAGGAAAGGUCACAUACUCUCAUCGUCAACAUACACGCACUGAAACAAAAGCCGAGAUUGUUCGUUGGGUGGCGGAAAGCCUGCGUCCAUUCGAAAUAGUGCAAGAUAGAGGUUUUCAGUCUUUGAUGAAAACAGGACGACCGGAAUAUUACUUACCGUCCCCUUCGACCGUCUCAUGA